GUCGCCCGUGGUGGAGUUCGAGGACGCCACCUUUUACAUGAUUCUGCGCAAGUGCUACAGAGCAUGGGUGUUCAUGAUGGAGUACAUGAUUCACGACAAGGUCCUCAUCAAGAGCAAGAACGGCGACCUCUACACGAUCAGCCGCGAGGACAUCACCCAGAUCAAGGACGGGGACUUCGACACGAUCAGCCGCAAGGACAUCAGCCAGAUCAAGGACGGGGACUUCUACAUGAUCAGCCAGCAGGACAUCAGCCAGAACAAGGACGGGGACUCCACUUGGCUCAGGCCAGAGGGAUCGUCAUAUCUGAAGUUGCACUCUUCGUUUCCCCCGGAGUUUCGUGCCAAGCCCGGGGAAUCGUGGAAGGACCAUUGGAGGUCGGUUGAGUUCUGGCUGGCCUCCGAAGGAUCCAAUCUUCCUCCAGGAAUACGGGCAUCGCGGCCGAUGCAGCAGCUGAAGGAGAGGGCCGGGAAGAUUGUCAACCACUUGAGCGUGACAGAGGUCACGGGUCCCGACGGAGUGGAAGUGAUCCGACGGGAGAUGGAAAAGAGCCCUAUAAUCAAGUUGCUCGAGCACAAGGAGGUGGACAAGAAGCGGCAAAAGUUUAUGAGACUGGGUCGCUACCCGAAGGAGUCGCUCGAGUCUUUCAUCAACCGGGCGUCGAUCUACCGGCACGAGAAUGACGCAUGCCAGAACUACCGCGUGGGCACGAAGUUCUAUUUGGGUCACUUGAUGGAUGCGGCUCGACUAACCCGGAAAGAUGAGGCCCUGAUCAAGACGGCUUCGGGAGGGCUUCAUGAUGAAGGUCGGGUGAUCAAUGCAAUGCUGGAGCUGUCGGAGCAGCUGGAAGGCCUUCCGGGAUAUCCUAUAGGUCGUGGCGAGCCUGAACUUCCCGACGAGGACCGCUACCUGGUGCAGAAAGACAAGGACCACGGCGACAAGACCCACCGCCGUGAAGAUCGAGGACGACGACCGUUCCGAGAUCACCGCGGAGGUCAGGAUCGCCGGGGACGCUGGGGAGGCCGUAUGAAGAAGUUGAAGCAAGUUUUUCAUGCCAUCCUCGAGGACAACGAGGACUCCGACUCUGCUGAUGGUUCCUCCUCGGGGUCUUCCAGGUCCGAGCCGAAUGACGAGGAGGCCAGAGACGGGCCGGUGCCGAACAAGGAGGAGGACACCUCAGAAGGCUCGAUGCCGGCCGAAGUGUACGCCCAAGAGUACAAGGCGAAGAAGAAGGUGAACGAGCUGAAGCAGAUGAGGCAAUAUUUCCAGCGUGGCAAUGCCGACAAGACCAAAGCCUGGGUCAAGGAGCAGCAGAAGAAAGUCGACGAGAGCCAGGACGAGCAGGAGGAGACGGAAUCGCCGACCCUUCCGACGGUGAGCCACCACCGAGUUCCCGAACAUCACCGGAUGGACCAUGCAGACGAGGAGGAGCUGAGGACUUCUUGGGAGCAGGUGGGCUUGGAGGAGGGAUCACGCAGCGAGACCGAGACGAAGGCCGAGCCGUCGACACGUCGUCGAACUCCAGGCCAUGUGAGGGCCUUGGGCCGUUUGCUGAAGGCCCGGUCAAAGUCGGCGGAGAACCGCAAGCCUCGCGUCCGGACCGAGAGAAAGGCUACCCCCUCCCCGAGGAGAAGGGCAUCGAGGAUGGAGACGCGAUCCCCUCAAGGAACCCGGACGCCGACGAGGAGCACAACGUCGUCUACGACGAAGGCGUACCUGGAGGCGCAAGCGGCCGAGCUGGAGGAGCAGUUGUGGCCGUACAUGGACCCAACGUCGAUCCGGGUCGAGGGCUCCAAGGCGACAAAAGCGUACUGGGUGGAGAAGAUUCGUUUAAUGGAGGAGGAGCUGUCGCACUGCCUGGCGCCCGGACCUAUGGAGCUGGACAAGCUGAGCAAGACUGGCGAAGACGACUUGGAGGAGGUGAUCGACUCGGAAGUCAAGGACAAGACGAGAGCAACGACGAGAAAGAAGACGGCGGCGCCGAAGUCUUAUUCGACAGCCGAAGCCAGUGCAGCGUCGACUCGGACCACGAAGGCAAAAGCUCCUCCUCGCCAAGGUGCCCUGACCGACCUGGCGGCACCUUUCCCCUCCCUGUCGAACAAGUUCUCCGAGGACGUGGUGAUCAACAUGAUGUUGAGUCUGCAAGGGAAGCUGUUUGCUUUCAAGUGGAAGACGUUCCUCAUGAUGCUGAGGGUGAAAAUGGCGGUGAACCGGGAGAUGGGCCCCUCCGUGGGCUGGCGGAGGAAUCCCAAGUGGCUGAUGCAACUGCUGGGAAGGGAAUGCGCAAGCAUCUGGGGCCACAUGGGGGCCGCGAGGCAGUUGUGCAACAGACUCGCGGCUGCCCGAAAGAUCCUCUGUUUGUUGACCUUGGCGGCCACCUUCACCUAUAGAUGGACGGCAGUGGAAGUGUUCCGAACAGGGACCCCGUGGAAUGAUUGCCAGACGGAGCAGGCCUGGGAGAUGAGCGAGCCGUUCUGGACGGAGAACAGGGUGCCGGGAGCCAAGGAAUGCCGGCGUUUACGUGAGCAGGUGGAGAAAAAGGUCCCCGACGUGAUCUUCAUUGCCCCGCCUACGGGACCAUUCUCCUCGUGGACCAGGGCGUCGACUAAGGACUUGCGAGAACAGAAGGCCCGAUACUGGCCACUGUGGGAAAUGAUUCACAAGUUGUGGCAGUGGCAAACUCGACGCGGGCGCCUCGUUUAUCUCCAGAUGCCCGCGGGCUCACAUGUUCCCGGCCCUGGUGAAAUGCAAGAAUGCUAUCAUGCCGGUGGAAGUGAACUGGGAACCGAAGGGAAGAUCGACUGGGCAGCCGGAGAUCGUGAGGCGGUGUAUGAGACGCAGGCCGACCUUUGUAUGUAUGAGCACCGCGACCCGGAAACCCUCAAGUUCUACAAGAAGGCCGUGAAGAUUGAAACGAACGAUGCGGCCUGGAGCUCUUGGCUGGGAGCCCACAGCCGUUGCACUCAUGGGCCUGGACGGCAUCAAGAAGUAGUUGGGUUCGCUUCUGGACCAGAUGGACAGCUAUGCAGCCGGGCAGAGCUGGCGGGGAGAUGGCCACGGAGUUGGGCAUCGCGGCUGCUGGACACUGCCCAGGCUGCACUCGAGGCCAGAUGCUGCAUGCCUCCUGACGUGACUUUGCAUCAAGAAUGUCCGGGUCAAGUGGAGUGGGAGGAGGCCGAAGUAGAUAGCUACAUACCUCCUGACAUGACUUUGCAUCAAGAAUGUUCGGGUCAAGUGGAGUGGGAGGCGGUGCCGGUAGAGAUCGAGAAUUCGCCUGAAGGUCUUCUCAGGCAACGGUUGGGCGAGGUCACCGGCGACCAGUACGACUACAUCUACUUUGAAGGACAUGUGUCAAACGCCAAGCUCAAGCGCAUGCUCCACCUCAACGGGGCGAAGGACCACCUUUUGGCCGCAGCCGGAGACCUACGUUGCCAGGUAUGCCAAUCCGUGGUUCCACCACGGACAGUUCCGAGGGCAGCAUAUGACCGCCCCAGCCGUUUCAACGAACGAGUGGUAGUGGAUGUGUUUUUCAUUUGGGACUCGGCCAAGACCAAAUACGCAGUGGUGCAUGCAGUGGAUGCUUUUGCAUUGUACCAGGUGGCCACCUUGAUGCAUACAGCGAGGGCGGACUUGGUGGGCCACUUCCUCAAGAACUAUUGGAUUGGCGUGUUUGGGCCCCCGGAUGUGAUUAUGAGCGACGGCGGCAACGAGUUUGCGGCCGAGACCGAGGGCUUGUUGCGGGCCUAUGACAUCUUUCACGAGAUUGUGCCCCCGGCGGCAAAGUGGAGAAUGGGUUUGGCGGAGAGGCACGGCGCCGUGCUGAAGCUCCUCAUUAUGAAGACGGUGCAGGCCACGACCGCCAAGGGCUACAGCGAGACGAAGGAGUGUGUGAUGGCGGCCACGGCGGCACGCAACCGCCAAUCACGGAUCAGCGGGUUUUCACCGACCCAGAUUGUCCUGGGAAAGGAUGUGGCGAUACCCUCCUCCUUGCUGGGACAGAUCGAGAAAGGCCACUUCAAGUAUGUGCUCAACCAGGACCUCUCCUUUGACGAGGCCAGGAGGCGGAACGAACAGAUCCGUCAGGCUGCGGAGCACGCCUUUGUCUGGGCGGACUCGAGUGAAACGCUGAGGCGAGCGAUCAACUCGCGAUCCCGUCAUCCCCGUCUGGAGAUGCUGUAUGAGGGGGCCACUGUCUACUACUACGACCCGCCUGCUUCCCGACGCGGACUCCCGAAGAGGCUGCAAGAUCAAGAUUCGUGGUCGGGCCCAGGCGUUGUGGCAGCGCUGGAGAGGAGAGAUGGCGCCAUUCGGCGCGUCUGGAUUCGCUACCGGAGCAAGCUGAAGGGCGUGCCGCUCGAAUAUGUCAGGUUGGCUGCCUUGGAAGAGGUUGAGUCUUCCCGGGUUUGUCAACAGGCGCUUCAAGAAGUGGAAAAGGAGCUACAAGGGGGACGACCGGAGGUGGAAGAGAUGGUGGAGCCCGAGGUGACGAAUCCAGACCCUCCACUUUUGGAGUUCAGUGGAGAUGAAGAGGAGGAAGCACCGGCAGAACCUCCUCCUCCUGCGUCCAGUUUGGAUGACGUCCCGGCUCAGCUCCAUCGAGAUCACAGUCCACUUUACAGGUUGCCGCAAGCCGGGCAGCCCCCUUCCAAGAAAGUGCGAUUCGAGGAAGGGAAGGAGCGUACAGAAGAACAUCUACGAAAAAUGAAGACCAGGCUUCAACCAGAACCUGCGAGUGGAGCCCGGCCCACAUCGGCUGCACCCUCGUCGGCAAGUACCAGGCCUGGACCCUAUUCGGUUCCGAAAGCAGCUCCUCCCCAGAAGCCAGCGAGUCACCGGGGCCCGGGCAUUCUGUAUGCCAGUGCCAAAUGGGAGUUGGAAGGAGCUAUGCGGAUGCAGAGGUGCAUGCUUCAAGAAGCCAAGGGGGACAAAUGGGAUGUACAUGCCUCCGAGGCCGGACGCCUGACGGAUGAGAUUGUGCAGGCGGUGGACAAACUACAAGUGAAGCCGGUCCCGAGCCAGAUCGAGCAGCCAGACGCCAUCGACGUCUACAUCGACAACCAGGCAGUGGAGCCCGUCCCCAUGGAACAGAUGGAACAGGAGCUCGAGAAGGCGCGGUUGAAGGCGAGAUGGGUGCUGGCUGGCCACCUGGACAAGGAGGCCGGAAAGUAUGCGACGGAGGGAGAACAUCUGAGUGAUGAAAGGGUGGUCUACAUUCGGAUGCCCAGAGGAUACCCUGAGGACGUGGCCACCCACCUGCUUCAACGUUUGGGCGGGAGACUUCCUGGAGGAAUUCGGACUGACUUGGUCCGUUUGACAAAGGGAGGUUUUGGUCUCUCAGAGUCUCCGCGAUUAUGGUACCUUCGUUUGAGACGAGGCCUCAUAGACGUGGGACUGAAGGAACUCAAGCUGUCGCCCGGCACCUUUGUCUUUCACCACCGAGGCGAACUUCGAGGAAUCGUGGCCGUGCACGUGGAUGACUUGAGGAUAAGUUUUGAUCCUAAGUUUGAGUAUGUGCUGGACAAGUUGCGUCAGGCCUUUUCGUUUGGAGAGUGGAAGUCGGCCCUCACCGAAACGGUCAAGUUUUGCGGACGUUGGGAACGACAGUGCGCUGAGACCUUCCAGGUGACGGUGACGAUGGACGGCUAUGCCCACAAACUGGUGGAUCCCCCUCAGCGAGCACCCGGGGAUCGACAACCUCUUACAGAUGCCGAGAAGAAGUGGGUGGCCUCGGUUGGAGGCCAAAUCAACUGGAUGGCCAGGCAGGGACGAGCCGACCUGGCGUUCGGGAUAUCCAAGGUGCAGCAGAUGGCCGGGGCCAAGGAUCCCGAAACGCUGAAGGCUCUGCUCCAGCUGGUGAAGAAAGCUCGUGAGCCCUACAGUUGUAUCUUCCAGGCCCUUCCCGGCGGCUUUGACGACAUGAUCUUCCUCGCGGUAAGUGAUGCCUCGCAUGCGGCCAUGCCGAAGGGGAGGUCCCAAGGAGGCAUGAUGAUCUUGAAUGCCUCGGAGAAGAUCUUAGAUGGGGAAGCGCAAGUGAACUGUUUGUUGUAUCACAGCGCCGUCCUCAAGAGGGUGGUGCGCAGCAGCUUGGCGGCGGAGAUCUCUCAGGCGGCGGAGACCCUCGAGCAGUGCGACUUCGUGAGGGCGAUGAUGGCGGAGAUCGUGGAUGUCAAGUUCACUUUGGGCCAGUGGCUGUGGAGUGCAAGCCGGUGGCGCGAAAUCCUGGUCUUAGACUCGAAGACAGGAUACGAUGUUCUGAACAGCAUAAGCCACGGCGAGGACAAGAGGCUGGCCAUUGACAUCGCGAUCUUGAAGGAGUCGUUGUACGAGCCCCAUAGCAACAGAUGGGUGCGUUGGGUGCCCGGCAUGACGAUGCCAUCCGAUGGCCUCACGAAGGAGUACGGGAAUCCGAUGAGGGAUGCCGUAAUGCAAGGCGGCACCUGGAGUCUACGAGAUUCCCCUGAGGCUCAGCGACUUCGAGAAGAGGCCGGUCACCGAAAACGAAAAUGCCGUGACCGAGCUCGAGAGCGCGAGCAGGAGAUCGAGGCCCUUCGGCAGGCGACGACAGCAGCUCCAAAGGGGGUUGGUGUCAAAGUAGGCAUAUAG